AAUGGCCGUUCUCAUUCUUACAAACACACUAGCAACAUAUCUUGACGUUUAGCAGCUAAUGCGUUCCAGGGACUGAACUUCUCUACCGAGACUCGACUCGCCGCUUCACCGUGUUGUGCUGUACAAUACCGUGAAUAUAAAUGUUGAGUUUUAGGUAAAGUAUUUUCCUUAGGAAGGCUAGUUCUGCUGUUAGCUACCUGCCAGCCUGCUAGCGUUAGCCCGUUAGCUGCCGAACCACUGGUCAUCCUACUCUGCUCGGUAUAGUCUGUUAAUGGGAAAUAAAUAGGACCUGAACCACAAGAGGACCGCCUUCCCGUUUUAAUAGGAGAGUUAAAUCACCGGGUAACCCCGAGACUAAAUGCCCGAACAAGGUCCCAGGAUGAAUGGCUUUUCUCUUGGCGAGCUGUGCUGGUUGUUCUGCUGUCCGCCCUGUCCGAGUCGCAUCGCGGCCAAGCUAGCUUUCCUCCCCCCGGAGCCCACGUACUCGGUGCACACGGACACUGAAGGGGAAACUAGCUUACAUCUAACCGAGCGGGCGGACUGGCAGUAUUCUCAGCGGGAGCUCGAUGCGGUGGAGGUGUUUACCACCAGAAGCAGCCGGGGUAACCGGGUCGGGUGCAUGUUUGUGCGGUGCGCCCCGAACAGUCGCUACACGCUGCUGUUCUCCCAUGGCAACGCCGUGGACCUCGGGCAGAUGUGCAGCUUUUACAUCGGCCUCGGCUCCAGAAUCAACUGCAACGUGUUCUCCUACGAUUACUCAGGCUACGGAGUCAGUACAGGGAAGCCUUCUGAGAAGAACCUGUAUGCGGACAUCGAGGCGGCCUGGCAGGUCCUGAGGAACAAGUGAGUAUGA